AUGAAGUUCGGAGAGCGAGAGAGUUCGGGGACACGGGACAAGGGACGCAAGCAGCGUGCGCGAACGUUUGAACACGACUAGACAUUCACAAAGGUGCGGCGGGAGCAUACUCGUCAACAACAAGUGGAUACUACCUUCGGUAUUGGUGGCCAAGAAGAGGGUGACCCAGCGGCAGGCACGGUGCAAGGCAGCAGCAGCAGCAAUGGGGCCCAAACUGAAGAAGAGUAAAUAAACCCUCUACAGGCAAGGUCAUGGAGGGGAGAUCGAGCAUCUCCAGCUACUUCACCAAGGCUGUCCCAGACCCGGCUCCUGCACCAGCCCCAGCCCCAGCCCCAGCCCC